UCCUGAGGUAAGGGAUGGCUUAGGACUUUUAUCCCGUGUUGGAUAUCCCUAAACUCCAGCAAUCAUGGCAGAUAUUUCCUGGACUGAAGGAGUCUCCAAUGAGACAGUUGCCAAUGCCAGUUCAGAAUUCCGCUUGGAAGCGGACUUCCAGUAUUCCCUGUUUACUGUCAUCUACAGCAUUGUCUUUGUGCUGGGACUGAUAGAAAAUGUUUUAGCUCUGUACCUCCUGUCCUGCAAAGUAAAGCACGUUUCUCAUUCCUAUGUAUACAUGAUCAAUCUAGCUCUGGUAGACACCUUGUUUGUUUGUGUGUUGCCUUUUAAAAUUCAUUACCACCUGAAUCGGAACAAUUGGAUCUUUGGUGACAUGGCUUGUAGGCUAACUGGGACUUUGUACUAUAUCAACAUCUAUCUAAGCAUUGCCUUUUUCACCUGCAUUUGUGUUGAUCGCUACAUCGCGGUGUUGCACCCCUUCACGUACAUCCAGAUCAAAGUCAUCCAUUAUGUGGUGGUGGUCACAAUCCUUUGGGUGGUUGCUCUCAGUGUCAUGGCUCCACUUAUCCUUGGAGGCCCCCUCCACAACAGUGGUCUGAGGAACACGACAGCAUGCUUUGAGAACUUUACUACGCGUAGCUGGACUUCUCGCAUGGCACCUUACAACAUCCUGGCCUUAGUUUUUGGGUUUGUGAUCCCAUUUUCCAUCAUUCUGAUCAGCUACCCUCUCAUUGCUAGGAGGAUCUCCCAGAUCAAACGCAGCAUUCGCAAGAAGAAGGCUCUGAGCACCAUCUACAUCAUCUUGCUCAUCUGUACUUUGUGCUUUCUCCCGUAUCAUCUCACCCACUUGCUCCACUUUUUAAUGAGAAUCCAGGUCAUCCAGAACGAGUCAUUUACCAACUUGAUCUACAAAAUGCGCAGGGUCACCUUAGCCCUCGUGAGUUUCAACUGCUGCCUUAACCCAUUCUUGUAUUACUUCACCUCUUCCAGCAAGCAGUGGUACUUCAACUUCAAGGUCAGAUUCAGGUCUAAAGUGGUGUACACGAUCUGUGACCAGAAAUUUGAGGAGUGCUCCUAUGUUUAUAAACCACAACGGAGACACGGAAAUAAAAACCACAGGGAUUGAAUCAACUGAUCCACUUAAAAACCACACAGCUUCUGAGAACAUCUGAGUUUUCCACCCUUUGAAACAUGAGACUUUGGAGAGAAUUUAUCAUUUGUGAUUAUGAGCGUCACCAGAAAAACCACUGGCCUGGCUGACAAACCUGCUUAAAAGCCAACGGUUUACUUAAGAGGAUGUGAUUUUUCGGUGACAGAUACCCAGACACACUGCCUUGUUCCUUCCUGCGCUGCCCCCCAAACUUUAUAGCAUGUAUCCUCUUGGCCUGCAAGAUGGCUGAGCAGAUGAGACCAGAAGGGAAAUUGUUACAGGGCCUGUUUAACAGGAACACAGUACGCCUAAACGCAGCAACGCGCUAAAUUGCUAUUCCCAUUUUCCAGUGUGCCCAAUGCAGGCUGAAAGUCACAAUUUGACCUGGCCCACUGCCGCAGACCUUAAAGGAGGCAGGGUGUAGGGUUGUUGUGGCAGAACUGUGUGGGGAGCUAAAUGUCAUGUGUGUCUCUCUCUCUCUGAUGUAGUAACUUCUCUUUGCACACCAGACACUGCAGCUUUUGCCCACAUUCAGCCAAUUUUCUGAUGGUGGCAGACACCACAGUCUACUCUCUGGUAAAGGACAGGAAGUAAGGUGUUUGGAAAGUAAGUGUGGGUGUAGGGGUAUGUUGGGGGUCUUGGUUUGCGGAUGGAAAAAAAAAAAGGCAUUAUGAGGGUAAGCGAGGGUCUUGAAUGUGGGAAGCUGUACUGAUCAAAGCCAAUCAAUAACCUAGCAAUCAGAGACACAUGCAGGAAGCAAACCAAGAGCAGAGCUGAAAAAUACUGUAAUAGAGCUAAAGCACUGCAAUAGGCAGCUUUCGUGGGUGCAAUAUUACAGGUGUUAGGCUGGGCCCGACUUGCAUUAUUGCUACAGGCAGUUUGAAUCAUGUUGCAUGGACACCUAGUGCUAAUGAUGGGUCAGCCGCUAACCUCUCCCUUUCUGAAUUUUGCUCUUAGCUUGAAGGAAUUUUUUUUUAAAUGUUAGUAAGAAAACCUGUUCAAACUUUUCUAAAAUAUUGCAAAAUAAUGAUUUCUGUGUUCCUCUGACUGGGCUUGGUAAACCAAUUGCAAAUCCUUGCACUUCUAAAAUGGAGCUGAUGAGAGCCUCUGAGGGAAGAGUAGGACAAAUUUAAUCUUUUACCUUUCAUGAGAUACUGCUAUUUUUGUCCUAUUUAUAGACUACACUAAAACUUCCUGGCACUGGAGGGACUGUUCUUUCCAACUAAGCACAAUUUUUAUGUUCUGGACAGAGGAAGGAAGACUUAUUAGAGAUUCCAUCUAUGAGUUACAGGCUUGUCAGCUGUCAUUGAGGGAAGUAUGGAUAAUAAAAAUUGUUAUGCUGCUGGGUAAAUAGCACAUUUAAGCCUUUAUACUCUUGCUUCCAUUAUACUUAUGCUUUGCAUUUUAGUUGUGAAGCUUUGAAAGCUCCUUGUUUCACUUGGCACUGCUGUGCUUUUAAGGGAAAUAAAUGAGCUGUGGGAGGGGAAUACUACUGAAUAUCUUCUACCUUACUGUGAGCAACACAAAGCUUGUUCCUCAGGACUCUUUAAAAACAGGCUGUAAUGACUUCCUGGAGAGGUGGGUUUCCCAGGGGGAAGAUCACAGUACUGCUGAAUUAUCUACACUGUCACUGCGGUAAUUGGACAAACACUGUAAUUCUUUUAUUAAAACAAAACCAGAAAAACACAUUAAGAAUGUAAACAAAAUAAAAUGUAAAUCUCUCUACACCA